UAGAGGUCAGGAUUUACAUCACAUACUUUUGUGGGACACAACUCAAUCCAUAACAGUUGGUCAUUUUUACAGAUUUUGUUAAAUAAAAUGCAACAAAUACAUUGUAUCAUUUUGCUUCUUUUGGAAUGUUAAGUAGAUUUAAGGCAUUAAGGUUAAUCUUGAUAAUAGUCAUUUUUAACCAAAAUUAUUUAUAUUUAAAAAUUUGGAGGUUUUUUUAAUAAAUAUUUGUUCACCUGAAUUAAAUUUGAAAAAACUGAAUUAGUAUCAAGAAGUUGUGGCUGAAUUAAGACCAUAUUUUAUAGCUAUAGCAGAUAAAGUGAAUUUUAAUAAAAUAGCUACAUCUCUUUGCAUUAGCAGAGAAACCUUUUGCUUUGUUUUGUCUCCAGAUAUUUUUGGGAAAAAAAUCUCUAAAAUUUAGUAGUGUUUUUCUGCUAUAGUAAGUACAGUGUACACAGCAUAAUUUAAUUUUUUGUUGUCUUAAUUGGUGAAUAAAAUUGUCAUCAGUAUGACACAGUAUUUUCUGGAAUAAAAGUUAAGAGUAAGGAAUAAAUUUAGAGUUAGAUCUUUUUAAACUCCUUUGGAACUGAAUUUCUUCAUCUGCCAAUGAACAGAGUGCUAUCAUCCACACAGGGUUAUUGGCCUUUAAAGAAAAAGCACUGUAAAGCCCUGCAUUAAAUCCCUGGUAAAACACAUUUUCUAUGAAUUGGUGAUAUUAUUUCCUAAAUUUGCAAGACUUAAUAGAGGGUUUAAUUUAGUUUUCAUUAUGAAAAGUUGGUUAGUCAGAUUAUUCAUGCUUAGUUGGAUAUAGUACACAUUUACAAUAAAGAUUGCUUGAUAACUGAAUGUGCUUUUGCAUUUUUAAUAGAUACUUUAGUGGAAUUAAUUUUUGUUCUUUUCUCAAGGCGUAUAUGAACCCAAUAGCAAUGGCCAGAUCAAGGGGUCCAAUCCAGUCUUCAGGGCCAACGAUACAAGAUUAUCUGAAUCGACCAAGGCCCACCUGGGAGGAAGUGAAAGAGCAACUAGAAAAGAAAAAGAAGGGCUCCAAGGCAUUGGCUGAAUUUGAAGAAAAAAUGAAUGAGAACUGGAAGAAAGAACUGGAAAAACACAGGGAGAAACUAUUAAGUGGAAGUGAGAGCUCAUCCAAAAAAAGACAGAGAAAGAAAAAAGAAAAGAAGAAAUCUGGUAGGUAUUCAUCUUCUUCUUCAUCAAGCUCUGAUUCUUCCAGCAGUUCUUCAGAUUCUGAAGAUGAGGAUAAAAAACAAGGAAAAAGGAGAAAGAAAAAGAAGAACAGAUCACAUAAAUCUUCAGAAAGCUCCAUGUCAGAAACUGAAUCAGACAGUAAGGAUAGUUUUAAAAAGAAAAAGAAGUCAAAGGAUGCAACCGAGAAAGAAAAGGACAUUAAAGGACUCAGCAAGAAAAGAAAGAUGUAUCCUGAAGAUAAACUUUUAUCUGCUGAGUCCUUGUCAGAAUCAGAUUAUAUUGAGGAGGUACGAGCAAAAAAGAAGAAAAGCAGUGAAGAACGAGAAAAAGCAACAGAAAAAACAAAAAAGAAAAAGAAGCAUAAGAAACACAAUAAGAAGAAGAAAAAGAAGGCUGCUAGUUCAAGUUCUGACUCGCCAUAACAUUAAGAAAAAUCAGGAUUCCCUUAAAAAGAAAGUGCAAUGUCUAAGGAAAUUUCAGCUGUGAGAAUUAGGAUGUAUUUACUAAAAUGCAUGAAUUUUCUUGUUUUUAAAAUUAUUCCUGGACUUUCAGUAGCCACUCAGAUGCCGCUGUGUAAAAGGGCCAUAAUUGUUGCCUGCUGCUUGAACAUCUUUUUUUUCUCUCUUCCAGUGCUUAGUAGCUUUGGAAGAUAAUACACUGCAGUUGUACUAGUGGUUAAGAUAUUUGGGGAUAAAGUGAGUAUUUUUUACUAGAAGUAUCUUAAGUGUAAAUCACCGGAAAUUGAAGCUGGAUACAUCUUUAAGAUAUAUGCAGAAAUUUCCAGAUGACUCUGCUAACAUUUUUGAAGUAAGGAUUACAUUGAUAUUUCAGAAUUCUUACUCUGUAGAUAAGUGUAUUUUAUUUUAUUUUUUUCCCUUGUAUAGUUUUAUUUACCUGGGGAAGGAGCUUUUUGGGAGGGGGAGGGUGGUUUGCUAUCUCUUUAGCUAGUGGAAUAGCGUGCCUUUGAUCCUCACACAUCCUGUUUUUGUGGGUGCAGCAGCCAUGCUUCCUGGGGAGGUCAGAGCUGGAUAUAAGCAGUCUUGUUCUUUUCUGAGCUUAAUGACAUCCUUGGACUCUGUCUGUGCUGCUCUGAGGGAACCAGAGAAGUAGCUCUUCGCAGCAUGAGAAAGCCCCAAAAGUUCUGAAAUUUACCUCCACUUUAAUAAUACUGAAUAUUUUUUAGCAUUAGAAUGUGUUAUGUCAUUUGAAUUAAUUUUGACUACACUUUGGCUUUGGAGAGUAAUCAUUUCAAAUAGACACUGGUACUUUUUGAACUUGAUGUUAAAAGAUUCUAAAAUGCAUGUUUUAUACUGUUAAAUUUUCACCAGUUAUGUAACCAGUGAUAGUUAUUUUAUUUUUAUAUUGAUUUUGUUUAGGCUGCAAUGUUUAGCUUUUGUAACUCCUUACUCUUGCUGUCUUAAGUUCAUUUCUGUGUUUAAUGGCAUACUUGCUAAGAAAUUUAGUAUGUGAAAAGCAGGUUUUCGAUUUUUUUUUUUUUUUUAACAGCUUCAUAUUGAAGCUGAGAUUUACCAUAAACAAGUUGAGUGGCAGGCCUGGUAUGCUAUGUCUUGUUACAUAAACUAUUGCCAGAAUCUUAGUAAAUAUAGUGUUUUAAAA